CAGUGUUGGAUAAAAAUCAGUAUCUUCAGUCGACACAGAUGUAGUAUACACGUUUUCUCUCACGAGUUAAUGUAAAUAAUUGAUUAUAUACAACAGUUAAUUGAUAUUUUUCCAACAGUCUAGAAUACAAUAAGUAUCUGACUUUAAGACGCACGUGUUAUUCAUUUCACAGUGACCAGUGAUGUCUUAAUAUAUUGAAAUGUGUAACAUAUAACUAUGUAGAAAAAAUGUGUUCGAUCAUAAAAAAUUUGUCGCUAUUUAUAUUUACUGUGAUGUUUACGUGAAUUUAUAAAUCUACACUUAAAAAGUAAAAAGGAAAUGACAGUCAUAAAAGAUGAUAGCUCCGGGAAAAAUAGUAAAGCUUCUUCUUUUAACUUUCAUAACAUUAGCAUCAUCAAAUAAAGACAAUGAAAACAAUAGCAAUGCAGAAUAUAGCAAAGCAAGAGAGAACGUUUUGAAAGAACUUUUCAAGGACACUGGAUACGAUCCUACAAUAUCUCCAAGUUUUAAUGAAGAUGGUCCAGUUGUGUGCCAGGUCCAGCUGUAUAUUAUGAGCAUUAACUCAAUAAGUGAUUCCUCUAUGGAUUACUCUAUGAGUAUGUUUAUCCGACAACAGUGGAAUGACAGUCGUUUAAUGUAUAAUGAGACUCUUGGAAUAACCCAUUUGGAACUGGAUACCAAAGUAAUGAAAAAUGUCUGGGUACCAGAUUUAUUCAUUAACAACGAAAAGAAAGCCAAUAUCCACCACGUCACAGUGCCUAAUAUGUUGAUGCAUAUAUAUCCCGACGGAAAAGUAGUUUAUAGUAUGAGAAUAACAGGAACAUUUACCUGUGAAAUGAAUCUGCUGAAAUAUCCAUUAGAUACACAAAUAUGCUCUAUGGGAAUGGAAAGCUAUGGAUACAGCACAGAGAAUUUAGUAUUUGAAUGGAACGAAGACCCUAUAUCGUACCCUCCUAACAUGUCUCUACCUCAGUUUGAAUUAGAUGGUAUGGCAACUUAUAAAUGUGACAAAGAUUAUGUCGGUAUAAGUUACACAUGUCUGAAAGUGGACAUAACUCUUACCAGGAACUAUGGGUACCAUAUAAUCCAGAUUUAUGUUCCAAGUUUCCUCAUUGUAUUUCUCUCUUGGGUUUCCUUUUGGUUAAAUAUUGACGCCAUACCUGCACGCAUAUCAUUAGGACUGCUGACAGUUUUGACAAUGACAACACAAAGUUCUGGUGCGCGUGCAUCAUUACCUAAAGUGUCGUAUGUAAAGGCUAUAGACGUUUGGAUGGCGAUGUGUUUACUUUUUGUGUUUGGUGCUCUAGUAGAAUUUGCUUAUGUAAAUGUUCUUGCCAGAGUUGAACGGAGAAGACAAGCCUCGAUAUCAGAGAGACGAAAGGUUCAUACAGAUCCCGAUACAAAUGGAGAGCCGGUUGAAUGGGAAAAAGCUCCACGAUAUCGGUUAUUUCUCAAGAGUGUUACAGACCGAGAGAAAGCUAGAGUCGUUGAUAAAGUUUCCAGAGUGGCUUUUCCUCUAGUCUUUGUAACAUUUAACAUUAUUUAUUGGACUGUUUAUAUAUUUUGGGAACCAGUUCUUCGUGAAGAGAGCUAGUUAUCGGUUAUCUGUUAUUGACAAAGUUAACCUGUGAUACCUUUUUAUAUAACACCUUGUUAUUUUUAUACACCAAUCAUUGUUAUGUAUACACCAUUUUCAUCGAACUCACACCACUACAUGUAGAUGGACACUGACUUAAGAUUUAUGUUAUAUUGCCUAUCUGGUCAACUCUGUUUAUAAUGUAUUAAUCUUAGAAAACAAAUAAAAAAAUAUCAAAAAUUUCGAUCACACACUCUUGGUUGUAUACGAAUAAAGCUGAAUCAUUAACGUUUUUAUAUGACUCGAGCUUCCAGCAAAGUGUCUAGGUUAAAAGACUGAAAAGAAAAUUUUACAUACUAGGUAUUGAGGCCAGGUGCUAUGUGAAAUAAAGUACAGACAUAGGAAUACAACUUCUUUCGAUGCAGUUUUGAACUAGUUCAUUAUAGUGUCAUGUGAUAAGUGAAAUCAAGUGAAGGUUUAGGAUUGAAAUGUUCUAAGAAUGUUCAAUGUAUUCUUUAACCAAUCGAUGAAGUAAGAUGAAAUAGUUAAAUUUACACAUCAUUUGAUAUAAAGAUUCAACAUUAAACUAAUUGAGAAUUAAGAGAUUGUAAUGUUAAACCUAUUGAAUUUUAGGUUUUAGUUAAUAUGUCUUUUAUUAUAGUCAAGUUAAACCGUAUGUUGACCACUAGGUGACUUUUGGUUUUGUGUCUUCGGGUUGCUGUCCUUUUGAAGUAGUCCCAUUAUCUCAUUUAACCCAUACAUAAGUUGACCGUUAUAUAUCCAUCUAAAGCGAAGAAAUAACAAAAGGAUUUGUUUUGCAUUUUUUGCGACUCUCGCGUAUGUUUUCUUGUAGGUGUGGAUUUACUUUUACCAUGAUUAUGUGUGUUGUAAUUGUGACGAUUCUUUCAAAACAAUUCAUGAUAAGCAAGAUAAACGUUAAGAGUGACAUAACCAACAAUAUUUAUAUACAUUUAUUUUGUGUUAACGAGAGUGUUUCGCUUAACAUUGACAGAAUAUACUAA